AUGCCUCGCAGCAAAGAACAAGAACCACGGAAGACAGAGCAGCGUCCGAGGAAGCAACACCUGGUCCAGCCCACCGUCAAUCCUUCGAUCUACCUGGAACUAACCUAUAUAACUCUGCCCGUACCUGGAAGUAUCCUGCCCAAUGUGGUGACUGGAAUUCGAUAUCGCAAUUCUGAUUUCAAGUCCAUGUCGGUCGACACUCUGGCCCGCAUGAUUCAGGGUGAGUUCGUGGAACAACUGGGCCAUGCCACCGUUUACAAGAUCAUCGAUUGCCGAUAUCCAUAUCAAUUCAUGGAUGGACACAUAAUGGGUGCACUGAAUCUCUAUUCACGCCACAAAAUCCUAACGAAUUUUCCCAUGGAGAAGGAGACGUUGAAAGUGGAAACGGUUGAGCAGCGACUACGUCGUCGUCCUUGCAUUUAUGUGUUCUAUUGCAAGUUCUCCUUGGAGCGGGCACCCAAGUUGUUGAGUUUCCUCCGGGCCAAGGAUCAGCGACGGGAGUAUACGGACCUAUAUGUGCUGCAAGGUGGCUAUGACAAGUUCCAUAAGCUCCACCAUCAGCUGUGCGAAAAGGAGAAAGAGCCCAUUUACGAGGAAAAUAUAAUCUUCUAUUGA